GACCCGGCCAUUAUCAGGUCUCGAAUUCUCAACUUGAUAGCCGAAGGCGCCUUUCGAAUUUUACUUGAGAAAGAGGGUAGUUUCCAUGAAAGGAGUGGGAAGAUUGAUUAGUCGAGCUCUAUCUCAUCGGCAAACAUGCCGAUCGGUCGCCCCUUCCGAGUUAAUUUCUCGUCGCCUCAUGUUCUCUUCCUCAAGAACGCCGUCCUUGCUGGCGGUCGGAAACCCAAGCUCCGUCCUUGCCUCCAAUUCUGAGUUUUUAGCAUCUUUGCCAUCUCUCAAGUGGAACCAUUUUAUAGGGCAAAGGAGAAGCAUGUUUAUUCAAACUCAAUCAACACCCAAUCCUUCUUCUUUGAUGUUUUAUCCAGGGAAAGCGGUGAUGGAAGUCGGGAGUGCUGAUUUCCCAAAUGCCCGUUCUGCAAUGAAUUCACCAUUGGCCAAGGCCUUGUAUGGAAUUGACGGUAUCACUCGAGUUUUCUUUGGAUCUGAUUUUAUCACUGUAACAAAAUCUGAUGAUGCUUCUUGGGAUCUCCUCAAGCCAGAAAUUUUUGCUGCUAUUAUGGACUUUUAUUCCUCCGGACAACCAUUGUUUCUAGACUCAAAAACUGCAUCAUCCAUGGACACUGCUAUCCAUGAGGAUGACUCUGAAACAGUUGCAAUGAUCAAAGAAUUGUUGGAGACUCGAAUUCGACCAGCAGUACAAGAUGAUGGUGGGGAUAUUGAAUAUCGGGGAUUUGAUCCAGACAUAGGAAUAGUGAAAUUGAAAAUGCAAGGAGCAUGCAGUGGCUGCCCCAGUUCAUCCGUCACUUUGAAAUCCGGCAUUGAAAAUAUGCUAAUGCAUUAUGUUCCUGAGGUAAAGGGCGUCGAGCAAGAAUUUGAUGCUGAAGAUGAGGAUGCUGCAUUAGCUGGUAAGUUGGAAUAGUUCAAAGCUUAAUCAUCUCCUUUUACUCUGCCCAUAGGGUAAUCGGAUGAAAUAACGAGUUCAAGGACUACUGGCGGCUCUCCUGUGUAGGAUUAACAUAUUAUUAUAUGUUGGUAGAGAAUCAUGUCCAUUCCUUGAUUUAGUUGCUGUAACAUGUAUUCAAGAGCAAGGCCGAUGCUAAUAACUAUACAUGCAUUGUACUACUUAAGAGUAUAUGAAAUGAUUUAAAUGAUCUUUUCUCGUGAA